AUGGACCCCAAUAUCACCAAAGCGCUUAACGAUAAGCUCUACGACAAGCGCAAAAGUGGCGCACUCGAGCUCGAGGGCCUCAUUCGAGAUGCUCUCGUUGCGCAGGACCACGACAGAAUAGCCAAGAUUGUGCACGAGCUCUGCCACCACUAUGCGUACGCUGUUCACCAGCCUCACGCCCGCAAUGGCGGUCUCAUCGGCCUUGCCGCAGCUUCGAUAGCACUGGGACCCGAAGUUGCCCGCUACCUUGAAGAGAUUGUGCCGCCCGUCCUCGCCUGUUUCUCCGAUUCAGAUGCCCGCGUUAGGUACUAUGCGUGCGAGAGCAUGUACAAUAUUGCAAAGGUUGCAAAGGGCGAGAUACUCGUCUACUUUAACCAGGUCUUUGACGCUCUGUGCAAGCUUGCGGCCGACUCGGAGCUGUCCGUCAAGAAUGGAGCUGAGCUCCUCGAUCGCCUAGUCAAGGACAUUGUGUCCGAGUCCGCAGCUUCAUACAUAUCCGUCCUACACCAUUCAGACGAACCGCUAGGUCACCCUGAUGAGUCACCAGAACACCCUCCGUCUGAGGUAGAGACUGCUUUCAACCUUGAACGCUUCUUGCCCCUCCUCGAGGAGAGGAUAAACGUCAUCAACCCAUUCACACGCUCCUUUCUCGUUGCGUGGGUCACGUUGCUUGAUUCCAUACCAGACCUAGAACUCAUUGCUCACUUGCCCCGCUUUCUCGGUGGCCUCUUCAAAUUUCUCAGCGAUUCAAACCAAGAUGUAUACACCAUGACGCAGGUUGCGCUAGAAAGGUUUCUCAACGAGAUCAGGAAAAUUGCAAGAAUCAAGAAAGGCAUAGCAGAGAGCAAGAAGAGCCAGAGCAAAGACGGUCGAAGACAAUCCACAUCGUCAAGCGCUUGCAGCGAUGUUGGAGAUGAGAGUGAGGUUGCUGAAAACACACCCCUGGAGCAUCGGACAUCUGUUGACGAAGGCGACCAAGUUAGCGGAGAGAGUGGUUCACUGUCUGGCGAUAGCGGGAAAUCUGUCAAUGGAGACGGUGACUGGAUUCCAGGGCAAGAUGUGCACGUCGACCACCCCAAGAUCCUUGAGAUUCUCGUGGGCUUCUUGAGCUCACCAUCGGACAUGGAAGAAGAGCAAACAGAGAUACUCCUUACCGCCCUCCGUUGGAUCGACGCCUUCUUCGAGAUCUGUCCCGAGGAUAUCAUGCCAUUUGUCCCAAGCCUGCUCUCUCACGUGCUGCCACGCAUGUCGCACGAUGCCGAUAACGUCCGUCAAGCGGCCAUCAGGGUCAACGCUUCGUUGAUGGACUACAUAAUGUCACUCUCCGAAGACCGCCAAUCGAACGGCAAUGUGAACGACAAAAUACAGCUACCCCCAUCGCUCUCUGAGCUGGGUAAAGAGCUUACAGGCGCCCAGCGGCGAGACUCCAACCUCUCGAGCAGGCUCCUCAAGGCAGUGAUUCGUGACCAGGCGUCAGAAGGCAAGGCAGGCACACAGUCUCCCACGCCAGGAGAUGACCGAGGCCCAUCACCACGGCCAGUUCCUGAGCUGGACUAUCAAGCUGCUGUCAGCGCGCUCACCUUGCAGUUUUUGAACGAGCACGAAGCUACACGGGUCGCAGCUAUUGCGUGGCUUAUCAUGCUGCACAGAAUGGCACCUGGCAGGAUACUCACAGUCGAUGAUGGGACUUUCCCCGCACUGCUGAAGACGCUCUCCGAUCCAUCCGACGCCGUCGUUACACGCGACUUGCUGUUGCUUUCGCAGAUUUCCAUGCACAGCGACGAUAGCUACUUCACGUCUUUUAUGGUUAAUCUCCUAAAGUUGUUUUGUACCGAUCGAAGACUGCUGGAGACGCGAGGCAAUCUCAUCAUCAGACAGCUGUGCCUUACCCUGAGCGCUGAGAAGAUCUACCGCACCAUGGCGGACUGUAUUGUCAAAGAUGAGGAUGUCGAGUUCGCGAGCAUAAUGGUUCAAAACCUCAACAACAACCUCAUCACAGCGCCUGAGCUUGCUGAUCUCAGAAGGCGAUUACGAAAUUUGGACAACAAGGAUGGACAGUCGUUCUUCGUUACGCUAUUCAAGGCUUGGUGCCACAAUGCCGUAGCCACCUUCUCGCUCUGUCUCCUUGCCCAAGCCUACGAGCAGGCGUACCACCUGCUGCAAGUGUUUGCCGAUCUCGAGAUGACGGUGAAUACGCUGAUCCAAAUCGACAAGCUCGUGCAACUGCUGGAGUCGCCCGUGUUUACGUACCUCCGUAUCCAGCUUCUCGAGCCGGAGAAGUACCCGCACCUGUACAAGUGCUUGUACGGGCUCCUCAUGCUGCUCCCACAGUCAUCUGCGUUUGCGGCACUGAAGAACCGGCUCAACAGCGUGUCUGCUAUUGGCUACCUGCACAUUGCUCCACGCACGUAUGUACCCCAAUCCAACACCCUGAACCAUUUGAGACAAAAGAGCUCAGAAGUCGGUACAUCCAGCGCACCACAAGGGCCGUCGGCGUCGGGCUUCGAGCGACCCAACCGACUCAAGGCGCGGGAGGAAGGCAGCGUCAAGUGGGCCGAGCUCCUCGACCGGUUCAAGGCGACGCAGGAGAAGGCGAGGCGGACUCAGCAGCACGCGACCAUGGGCGAAGAUGUGCCCGUUGGCCUCGAGACGGUGCAGGAGAAGGAAGCCAAGGGCCCGGCACCUGUGCCAGCCAAGAACGCCAGCUUGCGACCCAACUCGCCAGCCGGGGCGAUGAGGCCGCCCGUUACGGGUGGGGCAGCGAACGCGGCGCAAGGUCAUAAAGCCAGGUCUAGUCUGAGCAACCUUGGACGGUUCGCAGGAGGGGUAGCUGGACGGAAGAAGAAGUAG